CCAAUUUAGAAUAGUACAAUUUCGUUUUCCUGGUCACAAAGGCAGUAAGGCUAAUCGAUUGGUUGAGUGCAAAACUUAGGGUGCGUCCAAUGUCGGUGUUUGCCGUUUGAAUGUGUAUUUAAGUUGUGUGUGUUCUUUCCCUUCCAAUAACACGCUUCCCGUAAGAUUAAAGUGUAGAGCGUCUGUUUUGUAUAUUAAAUGUGCUCAUAGUACCCCAUUCGGUAGCUAACUACUCUAUCAUUUGUCCGGCAUCCGUACUAAUUUGGUCAACGUGAAAACAUAUUUAGUUAGGCAUGGCGUCACCCUUCCGUUAUACUCACGCAAUCACUGCCAGAAUUCCAUUAUCCUUAAGAACACGUGGAGAAAUCGAUCUGGAGGAGGCCAAACUGCAGCAUGAAAGUUAUGUGAAAAUGCUACGUGAUCUAGGACUGGAUGUGAUAGAACUGCCACCGGACGAAAAUCUCCCUGAAUGUCCGUUCGUCGAAGACUGUGCCGUAGUUUGUAAUGGAAUAGCACUAAUUUGUCGACCUGGUGAUCCUCAUCGGGUGCAGGAAGUUGAAGCUGUACGGGCUGUACUGAAGAAGGAACUGGAUCUUCCCUUAGCCGAAAUAGCCGAUCCAAACGCUAGACUGGACGGCGGCGAUGUACUCUUUACUGGGCGCGAGUUUUUCGUUGGUCUCAGUAAGUGGACCAACGAGGCUGGUGCACGAGCAGUGGCGGCCGCCUUUCCAGAGUAUCCUUGUGUGCCGAUAAAGGUAGAAGACGUAGACGAUGUGGUGAAUCCUAUUACGUUGGAUUUAGUCAGUGGAGUGAUUCAGGUAUCAGAGCAUCAUCAUCUCAAGUAUUAUGUUUCCAUGGGAGGGCCAGAUGUGCUUUGUGUUAGCCGCAGCAAGGAGUCACAAGAGAUCUUGAAACGGAUCGAAAGGGAAGCUACUUUUACAUACCACACGCUGACACUGCAGGAAGAAGCAGCUGCUAAUGUUCUGUACAUCAACGGCACGCUUGUUACAAGAUCUGUCGAUGAAAUUCCAAUUUCAACGCAGAUUUUAUCGCAGAAAAUCGACAAUCCACGCCAGAUGCUGUACAUGUCCGAACUGGGCAAGUUUUCCAACGGUCUUACUGCUUGCUCCAUUCUGGUGAAACGUUCCAAGCAUAUUAAAAGUCUGUAAGAUAAGCAUCGACACAAUCUCUACGGGAUACGUUACAUUUUUCUUGUUUGAUAUUUAACUUAUUUUGUCUUCGGUAUCGUCAAAAAACGAAACAAACCCCUAUAUUUGCGUACCUAUAUUCCAAUAACCGAGGAACUAUGAUUGUAUCAGAGAUUAGGGAUUCCUAAAAAUGAAUAGUUCUUAUUAUUUAUUUUUUAUGUAACUUUUUCUUGUAAGCUGUGCGUCUCUAGCAACGCAUGUUACUACAUUUUAAAAGCACUAAGUUUACAUUUCAUGUCAAACGUAUUCGUACCGCUGGCAACAACAAUCAACGUUGGUACUGCAUUAGCUCGUUUAACUACAAAUGUCGCUUCUAGAAGUUUUUGGGCGAUGCUUCGUAAUUCUAUUUCAAACGCACAUAUGUAUUUUUACUUGGCAUGCUACGGCAUAACAAAGGAAAAAUUAAACUUCUUUGCUUGGCAUCUGUCGAUACUAGUCACCUAAAUGGGCAUUAUAACCAUAUUGUGACCAUUAACUCCAAUUCAUGAUCUGCGCUUUCGAAGCUUGUUUUGAAUAAACUUUUUUUUAUAAACAUAAACAUUCGUUCCACUGAUAUUAACCUGAAAGCAAUCUCUACUAAAAUUUAACUCUAAAAAUAAAUCGAUAUUUUGGAUUCCGCCUAACUUGUUGGUUGUGGAGAAAAGAUGAGCAAAAGAACAAUAUUUACAGUCCUAGAUUUUAGUUCCGAAAACAGGUACAUUUUGUGUGCUCACGGAAACCAACACAACACAAUAAUUCUUCUCUAAUAUACCUGUACGUUACAUACCAACUUAAAUCUUCUGGCAAAUGAAUAAAGAUGAUUGUAGCUUCUUCAUAA